CCUAGUAAUGUCAAACUUGGCAGAAAUUUACUCCUAUUUAGGGAAUAAAAAACAUGAUACUCCUAUUUUGGAAUUUCAAAACUUUUUUACUCCUAUUUAGAGAAUUUACUCGAAGACGGUUCCACAAACUCCACAACACAAUGGUGUAGCCGAAAGAAUGAACAGAACCAUUGUGGAGAAAGUUCGUUGCAUGUUGAGUACGGCUAAACUACCGAAGCCAUUCUGGGGUGAAGUUGUGCUGACAACUUGUUAUCUUAUAAACAUGUCACCUUCUGUUCCUUUAAACUUUGAAGUGGCAGAGAAGAAAUGGGCAAGAAGAGAUGUUUCUUACUCUCACUUGAAAGUGUUCGGGUGCAAGGCAUUUGCACAUGUGUCCAAGGAGUUGAGACAGAAGCUUGAUCUCAAAUCAAAUCCAUGCAUUUUCAUCGGCUAUGGAGAUGAAGAAUUCGAAUACCGAUUGUGGGAUCCCGAAGUGAAGAAAGUUAUACGAAGCAGAGAUGUUGUAUUUCAUGAAAACGAGUUUCAUGAGUGUGCUCCAAUAAUCCGCAAACAACAUACUCCAGAAGACGAAGUCCCUGUAUCAUCAAACAUUCCUCUCAGCAACGAGGAGAUGUAUGAUACUACUGAGCAAGAGAGUGAUGGUUCAGUAGGUAAUGAUGAUGAUCACAGUGAUGAUAUUCCUCAGCAGGGGGAGCCUUCAUCUGAAGACGAAGCUGAAGGUACUCAUGUUCGACGUUCUAUGCGAGGCAUAGUUCCACAGAGAAAGUAUUCCACAUCCGAAUGGAUACUUGUUGCCAGUGAGGGGGAGCCAGCGAGCACCGCAGGAACGAGAGAAAUAAAGAAAAAAGUGGAGGGGGGGAUUUGUAGAGAAUUUCCAACUUCUUUCUUGGAAGUUGCCAAGAGGCAUCUCACACCUUCUUGGAAGGAGCUCUCCAACAAAUGAAAAUGGGAAGAAGAUAUGGAGAAGAUGGAAGCACUACCUCUUGUCUCCAAACCAGCCCUAUAAAUAGGGAGUGUAUUGUUGCUCAUUAUCAUCAGUUUAGAAAGUGAGAAAAGUGUGUAACAAGUGAAAUACACUUAGAGUAGAAGUGUAUUGGUGAUGAUUGGUUUUUUGUAAUAGUUGAGUGUGAGAGUUUGUUCCUCCUAUUGUAAUUCUGUUUUUGAUAUUGAAUAGAAGAAUUUUCCAAUCCUAACAACUAAAUUAUAAAACAAAUGGAAUAUUUAAGAUAUGUAUAUAUAAUCGUAGUAGAUAUGUAGAAUAGAUAAAAUUGAAACUGGAACACAUUACUUAGGGAAAACUGUCA